UCUGAUAUCCAUUCGCUGCAUAACCGUUCGGAUCACUCCGUGGUGCAUAUAGCAUUAGAAAGUGUCACUACGUAAGAAAAAUUUUGGGUCGGAAAAUGCUUACUAUAGUCCUUGCUUUUGCACUUAUAACAACAAGCUACGUUACCGCAAAAAUACCCUCCUACAUUCACGUGUGCGGUAGAAGAGAUCCAAAAAUCGAUCAAUGCAUCUGGAACAACAUUGACAAUAUAAAAAGUAAAAUCUGCGAAGGGAUCCCGGAUUUGGAUGUUCCGCCCAGUAGUCCAUUUGUUCUUGAUAGACUAGUCAUUUCGGACAACCCUAAUUCCAAAAUAGCUAUCGACAAUUCACAAGUAUCGGGACUUUGCGACUUUGAUAUAAAAUUUCUUCAUGUAAAUCUCGAUAAACUCCAUUUCGAUGUCAAUCUCAAAUUCAAACGGAUCCAAUUGAAUUCCACAUAUGAUUUAGACAUACGUCUACUGGUGCCUAUCGUCUACAAGGGACCAGUUUAUAUUACCACCGACAAUGUAGAAGCUAAGGUAAACAUGGACAUGAGCACGGUAAACAAAAAUAACAAAAGAUACGUGUACAUGUCGAAGAUGAAGAUAAAUCUCGAUAUCAAAGGAUACACUGCCGAAUAUGGGCUGCAGGCUGCGGAAUUGGGUCGACUGAACCAAAUCAUUGAUACUUUUCUAGGCAGCAAUCAAGAAGAGGUUAUUGCUGCCUUUAAACCGGCAAUUGAAGAAUCAGUUGUCAAACGGAUUCUCUCGCUUUCCAACAGUAUAGUUAAACACUUUACGUUCGACGAGCUUUUCCCAGACCGAGAAUAAAUGGCCUAAUAAGUUCUUGAAAUAAUUGUCAUAUAAUGAUUAUUUCGUCAUUUGUCUCGUGAUGCACUUAAAGAAUAUUUGGAAUAAAAUUGACCAUAUUUUUAAUUAAAAUUUUAAAUGCUCUCUGUCUACUGAUUUGUGAUAAUUAUGAGGAUACAUGUCGCGACAUUUGAUAUAACAAUAUUGAUGUUAUAAAAUUAUUAGAAAAGUACAAAUGAGUAGGACAUAAAGUUGUGACAAUGAAUUCUUUAUAUUAUACUUAUAUCGUAUAAUACAAUCUUUAUAUAUUCUACAUUUUCUUAUUCUACAUAUGUUAAUUUCUUGUAUAUGUACUGUGUUGUGAAUCUCUUUUC